UCUGCAUUCCUCCUCCUGCUGCUCUCCUGGGCUGCCCAGAUGCCCCUUGCUACUCAGAGCUGCCUCUGAUGUCCUGGGGUGGCCUCUGAUGACCUGCGGUGGUCCCUGAUGUCCUGUGGUAGCCCCUGCCAUCCCACGGUGGUCCCUGAUGUGCAGUGGCAGCCCCUACCUCUGGGCAUUUUGGCCAGCCAGGGGUUAGUGCUGGCUUCCAGGGAUAGGAGGACUGAGUUCUGAGGCCUGGGUGAGACCAAGACUUAAAUGUGCAUUUCCCCUGCAGGAGGGUGCUCUGGCCAUUGGGACAGACUCUGGUGGGGGCCUCCCCAGGGGGACACCUCCAGCAGACCCCAGGGGACCCCAGGGGGAAGAUGGUGCACAGGGCAAGAGGCAGUGUGACAUGAAGAAACACCAUGUCAUAGCCUAGUCCAGACCAGAGGACCCACACUGCUCCCUGCUCCAGCACUGCUCCAACACAGAGCUUUUGAUCCGAUUUCACGGCUUACUGUAAAAUCCGCAGGCAACACCAGGACCCCACCUCAGGAUCUGAGGCAGAGAAGCCAGCUGGCAGCCGCAGCCAUCAGGGAGACCGCAGCCUUCGUGUAUGGAAAGGCACAGUCCAGAAAACUGGGCUCUACGUGUAGCUGAGCACUCGGGAAGGGGGAAGGCCCAAAACGCUGUCGCUGUGCCAGCCUCCGCUCCUGCUGCCCGCACGGCCCCCGUGGCCAGCAGCUGCUGCCCCUGCCAGAAGCUGCUCCAGCUGCCCGCUGCCUCCACACAGCUCCUGCACCACUGGCCGAGGAGGAGGAGGAGGAAGAGAAGGAGGAGGCUGAAGCAGAGCUGACGGGGAGCUCCAAACCCUUCUCUGUGUCUCAAAACCUUAUCUGUAACUGGCAGCUGCCCAUCCAACACCUGCUAUCACCAAAACCACCAGCGAUGGACUAAACCUCCUGGGAACUCACAAGCCUGAGAGAGGACAAGGACACGGCAGAAGGGGACCGGGAACAACUGAGAGCGUGAAGGCUUCUUGCUGCCCAGGGUAGAGACCAUAAACGUUUAAUCUGCUGCUCUUGAAAGUAACAGAUGUCUGAGAUGAAUCCCACAAGCCAGUUCAUCAGAACAACAGAGUACGACUAUGGAUACGAUGAAAAUACUGCUCCAUGCAAUGAAGGAAACAGCUUUCGCAGGUUUAAAUCCCUCCUCCUGCCCAUCCUUUACUGCCUCGUGUUUGUCUUCUGCCUUCUGGGAAACUCCUUGGUCCUUUGGGUUCUCCUGACCAGGAAGAAGCUGAUGACGAUGACUGAUGUCUGCCUGCUCAACCUCGCGGCCUCUGAUCUCCUCUUUGUUGUGCCUCUCCCUUUCCAAGCCCACUAUGCUUCAGAGCAGUGGGUUUUUGGCAACGCUAUGUGCAAGAUAAUGGCUGGCAUUUAUUACACGGGUUUUUACAGCAGUAUUUUCUUUAUAACCCUCAUGAGCAUAGACAGGUACAUAGCAAUUGUCCAUGCCGUCUAUGCCAUGAAGAUUCGGACAGCCUCUUGUGGCAUAAUUAUCAGUUUAGUCCUGUGGCUGGUGGCUGGCUUGGCUUCUGUGCCCAACAUUGUGUUCAACCAGCAGCUGGAAAUCGAGCAGUCUAUGCAGUGUGUCCCCACGUACCCCCCUGGCAGCAAUACCUGGAAGGUUGCAUCUCAGUUUGCAGCCAAUAUCUUGGGCCUCUUGAUUCCCCUCAGCAUACUCAUUUGCUGCUACGCCCAGAUACUGAAAAACCUGCAAAAAUGCAGAAAUCGGAACAAGAUCAAGGCGAUCAAGAUGAUUUUCAUUAUCGUCAUUGUUUUCUUCCUCUUCUGGACCCCCUUCAACGUCGUGCUGUUCCUGGACACCCUGCAGAGCCUGCACAUCAUCAACGACUGUCAGGCCAGCAACCGGAUCGCCCUGGCCCUACAGCUGACGGAAACCAUUUCCUUCAUCCACUGCUGCCUCAACCCCGUGAUCUACGCCUUCGCUGGGGUGAUGUUCAAGGCCCACCUGAAAGGACUGCUUCAGUCCUGUGUCCGUGUCCUCUGGAGCUCCACCAGGGGUUCUGGGGCCACUCAGUCAUCUUCAGUGCCCAGCCAGCUCUCUGCCUGCUCUGACAGUGCAGGGGUACUCUGAGCCCACCCAAGAUCCCUUCCCCCAGAGUAAAUGGCUGCCCCAAGCACCGGCACAGCCCCCGAGGCUGCACCAUGUGUGCAGUGUCCCUGCAGGGUGACCCAUGUGCCUGUGCUGCCUUUUGGGAUGUGCUGCCCAAUACGGCACAAUAAGCAGCAAUGUGAGCUUUCGAAGAGCACCAGUGUGUUUGUAAAAUGGUGAUCCUACACGCUUGCCACGUGGUGAUUUUUAAUUAGAUCACUUUUAAUACAUUUCAGCAAACAGGAUGCUUCCUCUCCUACUUGUUUUCUCCCUUGUUGAACGCAUUGCUCCUGCCUCACCCCCAGCUAUGCUCUGCUUUGCAGAAGCUGCUCCCCGCACGAAGCCCUGAGUCCCUGGGACAGGGGUGGGACUCCCUCUGGGAAGUGGAGAAAGGAACAGGUAUGGGAUGGAUUCACAUUGCAAAGAGGGGCCGGCGAUGGUCACCUCUUUGCCUCCACUCCCAGAUAGAGGCCCCCUUGCAUGGGGCUGCAUCAGGUUGCUGAGGGACUCUGGGACAUCCGCUGCCACCCAUAGCAGCCCUUGGGAGCCCCAUCUUCAAGAACAGCAGAGCAGCACCUCCAGGUGCCCCCUGUAUUUGCCACAUAUAGAGGCACAAACACUUGCGUAAGGUACCAUCGAAGCAGCCUCACCAUCUGUGUCCCCUCUGGAGGCAUGGGCCCUCCAACCCUGUGCCCCAGCAUUUGCUGUUCAGUGUAAAUAUCACAAAAUGGAACAUAGCGCAUAGGCUCUAUGGCUCUUUUUUUUCCCCAUACAUUUUUUUCUGCCAUUUUAGAAAUGUUUCCUUUGAAUAAAUGUAUUAACUGCAUCUUUGUAUGUCUCAGCUCCUGAAAGGUUUUCUAAUGACUCCCAAGCUUAGAGGAAGCUAAUGAAGGGAUCCUUUUACUGUUUUUUUGAGCUGGUAUCCUGUAAAAUACAUCUAAUGGAAUUCAGAGGUGUCCUGCAGCUUUUCACCAAAAGAAGUUACGUCUCCAGCUCUCUGCCAAGGAAGAUUUGUUCUCAAAAUCCCAAUAAAAGUUCACUGUGGAAAAAACAGC